AUGGUGCCGGAGAGCGGCUUGGAGCCGGACCCUGUUACGGUGCAGUCGGAGGAGGCGAUGGCCGUGAUGAUUGCCGGGGACUGCUCGGCAAGGCUCCGAUAUGAUCCCCUGGAGCUGGACUUGCUGCGCUCGGGUCGGGUAUUGCAGACUCUCAAUGCCCGACACUUUCUAAACUUCGAGCAGCAGCGGAGCCGCGAGACCGGUACGACCGGUGCCCGACCCUUCCUCGAUGCCACGGACAUCGCUGGUGGGUCGCUGUGGGAGGAGACCUUCGAUGGCCAUCUGGACUCCAAGCCGCGGGGCCCCACGGCCGUUGGCAUUGACAUCAGCUUUCACCAGGCCUCGCAUGCCGUGGGCCUGGCAGAGCAUGCGACGCAGCUCCACCUCGCCGAGCCCCGCUUCGAGGAGCCUUAUCGCUUGUUCAACCUGGACGUCUUCGAGUACGAGGUGGAUGUGCCCAUGGCGCUCUACGGCAACAUCCCCAUGAUCACGGCCGUACACAAAGGGCUGGAUGGAGGCGGCGCCAGCGCCUCGGGAAUCUUGCUGGUGAACCCGUCAGAGGGCUUUGUGAAGGUCGAUGCGGCCAACAACGGCAGCGACACCGAGACCUGGUGGACCUUCGAGGCCGGCGUCCUCGACUUCUUCGCCUUUUUGGGCCCGUCUCCGGCGGAUGUCUUGCGGCAGUACCACGCGGUCACGGGGUGGCCUCGCAUGCCACCUCUGGCCGUCCUGGGCAAACACCAGUCCAGGUGGAAUUACAUCACUGUCGAGGAUGUGCUGGAGGUGGCAGGGAAGUUCGAUCAGCACCGGAUACCCCUGGACUUCAUCUGGCUGGAUCUGGAGCACACGAAUCAGAAGCGCUACUUUACCUGGGACCCGGACCACUUCCCCCGAGAAGGUGUGCGGCGGAUGCUGGACGAACUAAACCGGACCCAGCGAAAGCUGGUGACCAUCAUCGAUCCACAUCUCUUCGCCGGUGAUGCCGACUACGCCGUGGCGGCCCGCAUGAGAGGGCAGGGCCUUCUGGUGAAAAGGCCCGCCAACUCAAGCUCGCCCGCUCAGGAUUUCGAGGGGUUCUGUUGGCCAGGCCCUUCGAACUAUCCGGAUUUCUGUGAUCCGAGAACGAGGCAAGAGUGGGCUAAGCUCUUCGACUUUUCCUCGUAUCCCGGCUGGCCGGCAGAGAUCUAUACUUGGAACGACAUGAACGAGCCAAGCGUCUUUGAUGGCCCUGAGAUUUCGCUUCCGAGGGACACCUUGCAUAGGUGCCAUGAAGAUGACUUUAGCAUUGAGCAUCGCGAAGUGCACAACCUUUACGGCUUCUAUGUGCACGAGGCCAGCACCCAAGGCCAUCUGCAGAGGGCUCCAAACCAGCGCCCCUUCGUCCUGACUCGGUCUUUCUUCGCAGGUUCCCACCGGCACGGGCCUGCAUGGACAGGCGACAACAUGGCAAACUGGAGGCACCUUGAACGGUCGGUGCCCAUGCUGCUGUCGCUGGCUCUUUGUGGCUACUCGCUGGUGGGUGCCGAUGUGGCUGGCUUCAUGGGCGAUCCCGACCCGGAGCUCUUCGUGCGCUGGCACCAGCUUGGUGUGUGGUAUCCCUUCUACCGGGCCCACGCGCACCUCACCACGAAGCGACGGGAACCUUGGCUGCUGGGCGGCAGCGUCCUGGCCAAGGUGAGGAAGGCCGUCUUAACGCGGUACCGGAUGCUUCCCACCUGGUACACGCUGGCUGCCGAAUGGGCUUUGGCGGGAACGCCCAUGGUACGACCCAUCUGGUACCACGACCUGGAGGAUGCUGAAGCCUUCCAGCAUGCUGACACGCACUUCUUGGUUGGAGAUGCCCUGCUGAUUCGGGCUCCUUCCGAGGGGGCGAAGUCUGUGAAGGUGUACCUGCCAGGUACGGUGAGGUGGUUCGAUUUCUGGCAUCCCAGGAUUCAUGCGCCCGGGAAGGCCUUCAAGGUGUCCUUGAACAAGAAUCAUCUCCCAGUCUUCGUCCGGGCCGGCCGCUGCCUCUUCCAGCGCCUGCGCCCGCGGCGCAGCGCCACCGCCAUGGCCAAAGAUCCUCACACGGUGGUCUGCUAUGCGGACGAGGAAGGCCAGGCUUCCGGCAAGGUGUACCUGGACGAUGGCUCCAGCCAUGACUAUCAGUCGGGGCGGUACAUCUUUGAUCAGAUAACGAUGACAGGCUCCUCUUUGAGGAAUGCCCCUGCGCAGUUCCUGGAUGCCGAUGCUGCUUUUCGAUCCGGAGCUGCGGCGGCGUUACAUGCGAGGGCCAUGCCGGAAAUAGCUGACAGCUCCCUUCGCGUUGAGCGGCUCGUCUUGGUCGGCCUCCAGAAAGCUCCUUCGAAGAUUUCGGUGGGUGGGAGCCCCUUACACUUCCAGGUGGAGUCGAUGGCGGAGUCCGAGCUGAAGGUGGUCACCGUGAAGGAGCCGCUCGCGACCUGGGCUUUUCUGCAGGUUGGUGAGGCUGGGGACGUCCUGGAGCAUCGAUCUCCACCCUGCCGACUAGUCACCAACUACAUGCUGGGCUACCUGGGGCAGCGGUGGACGGAGGGAAACGUCUCCGACCUAGUACUUGUGGGCCCGGCGAACAUGGGAAGUCCCUGCUCCCUUGCCGCCUAUGCGAAUGGCCCCAGUACUGUGGCGCACAGCAGUGUGAUCCCGCUCGCCGACAUGUUGGAAAUCCGUCUGCGGGACGUAGCGUCGACGUGGCCAGGCUUGAUAUCGGUGUUGCCGAACAGGUUGGGCGGCUCGGAUGUUUUCGAAUUUAAGCCCUUUGCUAUGCGGAAGGGGAAGCGAAAGUAUUUCGCCGGGGACUGUGUUCCGUUCCUGGAAGACCUUGCGACCUGCGAGGAUGAGGACCAGACAGGCCUUUACGAUGAAGACUCCUCCAUCCACGAGCAGGUGAGGCAUCUGCUGGAGGAGUAUAACUUGGUGGAUACCAAGCGCGAGUGGGAAGCAGGCUUUCCAAAAGCCGCGAAGAUUCGCCAGGCCUUCGAGAAGAAGAUCACCCCCAACCUGAAGCCUCCAGUCGGCUGCCGUGUUCACGUGGUCUACUCUAUGGGGGUGCCGACACUGAGCCACAUGAUCUUCCAAGAGAACUUGCGGAACAAGGCGGAGCAAGCUGCAUGGGACAGCGGUGAUGAUACCAUCCUCGCCAGCACCGUGGAGAAGAUGUGCGAGGUGUGGAGGGCUGCGGGGGUGUCGGUGCACAAGUACCACGCCCACAAGAUCCACCACAAGGAGCUCAUCACGUGCCCGUACAUGAUGAAGGUUAUGAAUGAAGUGAUGGAGCACGGCGGCGGCGAAGAAAGCUCUGAGUACGAAGCGGAAGAAGACGAGGACGAUCCUGCUUGUGGCUGUUGA